AGACCAUGACCGAGCACGCCAGUUCGUUGCAGUAUAAAAAAUCUACGAGCAGCCCGUCAUUUUCAUGGCUUCGUCGUCCUCCACAUUCUCCUUGCUGCCUGCCAUUUAUCCGUUGAUAUAAAAAGAAAGUACUGCCGAGUUGACAAAACGCCCGCUUUACAGGGGGAGAGGUCUCAGGACUGAGAGAGGGGGAGUGCAGGAGGAGUUGGGAGGAUCUUUUGGGGGCCAAGGGAUGGGCGCCGCGGCGGUGAGGCCGUUGCUGCACCUGCUGGUGGGGCUGGUGCUGUACGAGGUGGCGGAGGAGAUGGUCGUGCCGGCGCUCGUCGACAAGGUCACCGACGCGCUCUGCCCCGACCACGGCAGGAAGUGCCCGGAGGCCAUCUACCUCACCGGCAUUCAGGCUUCGGUAGGAGCAAUUUUCAAGAUAAUAGGAUUUCCUCUAAUGGGCCAGCUAGCUGAUGAAUAUGGUCGGAAGCCUAUCCUCCUCCUAACUGCCUCUGCGUCCAUAAUCCCUUUUGCCGUGCUUGCAUGGAAUGAUUCGAGGACCGUUGUGUAUGUCUACCUUAUUCUGCGCACCUUUUCAUUCUUGAUUGGCCAAGGAACAUUGUUCAUCAUUUCACUUGCAUACACGGCAGAUGUGGUUGAACCGUCAAAGAGGGCGACUGCAUUUGGCUUCAUAACAGGAAUUGCCUCUGCCUCUCAUGCUUUGGGGGAUGUUUUCACAAGGUUUCUACCCAAGAGUUGGAUUUUCCAGACCAUGGUUUCACAGGUGUCUGUUAUUCUGUUGAUCUGUUCAGUCCUCUACAUGAAAAUAUUUCUGGUUGAGACACUUCAAAGAGCUCCAUCUUCACCUAGUCGGCAUUCAUCAUUAUCAUCUUUGGUUAUCAGGGUACCACAACAACGUUGGGAAUCUAUCAAAGAGAACAUUAAUAUAUUUAAAAACAGUGAAUCACUUAGGCGAAUAGCAUGUGUUGACUUCUUCUAUAAAUUGGGCAUGAGUGGCAUUACUGAUGUCCGACUGUAUUACUUGAAGUCAGUAUUUGGCUUUGACAAGAAUCAAUUCUCAGAAAUUCUUAUGGUGGUAGACAUUGGUUCCAUCUUUUCUCAGAUUUUGGUCCUUCCCCUUAUUGGCCACGUUAUUGGCGAAAAAGGAAUCUUAUGUGUUUCCAUCCUUGCAUCCAUUGCUUAUGCUUUUCUUUAUGGUGUUGCAUGGGCUUGGUGGGUCCCUUAUUUUAGCUCUUUAUUUGGCAUCAUCUUUGUGAUGGCCAGACCAGCUAUCCAUGCAAUCAUUUCUAGGGAAGUACUCUCAACGGAGCAGGGAAAGGCACAAGGUUUCAUCGCGACUGUACAAUCUAUUGCUAUAAUGCUGGCACCUCUGUUUAUGAACCCACUAACCUGUGAGCAAGUAGUUCUGACAAUUUUCUAUGUUGCCUGGGGGACUACUGGGCUCUGUACACUGUACUAUUCUUAUUUUGAUCUCAUUCUGUCCUUCACCUCUGUUUCAGCUUACUUCAUUUCACAGGAGGCUCCCUUUAAUUGCAAAGGUUUCAGUUUCAUCGUGGCUAGUGUUGUCUUGGUAGCCUCCUUAUGUUUUGCUUGUACACUGCAUCGAAAAAGCGCGGACAAAUGCACAGAAGUUGCAGUUUCAGAUGAGCCUAGUGAGGAAGCAUUGCAAGCCCCUUUAUUGGCUUAAAACGCCAGCUGGCGACCAUCAAUGAGGUGAGAGCCAUCUCGAAGCGGCAGACGAAUGGUUACCACAGUUCACAACGAGGUUUUGCUGAAAAGCUUAGUGGAGUGCAUCAACAACCACCGUUGUUCACAAGCAGAGGAACACGGUCAGAUAUUCCAAUUCACAUUGUUUGUUGAUCAUCAAUUAUUAUAACAUGUUUAGUAUUACUCCCUCCAUUUUUAAAUAUAUGGGUCUUAUGCUGUUUAGGACAAGCUAAAAUGAUAUAAUUACCUUGUCCUAAACAUCAUAUAUUAAAAAAUAGAGGGAGUGGUAAAUGUUAUAGGCCUUGAAGUUUGAAAUCACAACCAAUAUAUUAUGAAGCCAUACAACACAAUUGGAUGCGAUGUAUGCACGCAAA